GUCACUGUUCAAGUCGCUAUAGCCGAAUAUAUUUUCACACUGAUUACGUAUGUGUAUUUGGAAAGUAAAAACAGUUAAACUGAAGCGUUCGGACGUUUAAAAAUAAAUUUUCGUAGACAAAUAUCAGUACAUUCGUACUUGAACCCAAUUCGUUGUCGAGAGAAAAGCGAAAAAAAGUCGUUUUCGUUUUGCGAUUUUUCUUCGUCUACUGCAGUACUGCAGUAUACAUAGAACUUUUCGCUAAUUAGCUAUUUGUUGAUUUGUUGUUCCAACUUCUGACAAUUGCUUGGUGUAUAAGAUACGAUGCACGCCCAAUUAAAAUUGUGUGCGUUUAUUCUUGUCACGACGUUAGUUGGCUUAAGCAAUGGUAUUGAGGUUAAAUGUGUUGAAAACCUGAAUAAACGCAUUUCGAUUUUCAAGGCUGAAGAAAACCACACAAAUCCCUAUCAAGAUGUUGUUUUCGAUAUUCCUGCCAGUCAAUGUUACAUCGAACAACCGAUUGCGUUGGAUGAAAAUGAAACUCUCCAAGUGACUUCGUCCAACACUGAGCAGAUAACAUCCAUCACAUUUGCCACACCAUCAAACUUGCCCGAGUUUCCAUUGGUGAUAUUCACGAUUUUUCCGAAUUUAAAUAACGUCCAUCUGAUAUGCACUGGCAUUGAAGUGAUUGAAGAAGAUGAUUUCGCAAAUGCCACCAUGCUCACGCGACUACGCUUAGAACUGAACAAUAUCAAAAGAAUAUCGAAGACAGCAUUUGCCAAAGCAUCGAAACUUAAUUCUCUUGAACUGCCAGCCAAUGGCGUUCAACAGAUUGACGAUUAUGCAUUUGCCAAUUUACAAAACCUCACUCGAUUGGAUUUGCAACAGAAUAAUUUGACAGUGCUACGUGAACACAUAUUUUCGGGUGCAAUCAAUUUAAUUGAAAUAUUUCUGAAUGACAAUCAGAUUCAGAUUAUCGAAGAUGGAGCAUUCUACUUUGAAAAACUGUCCAGAAUCUAUUUGCAAGACAACCAAUUGAAAUCAUUAUCACCAGAUCUAUUAACGGGAACGCCACUUUUGUAUGGAAUCGACUUAAGCCGUAAUCAAUUGGCAUCAGUUCAAGGGGUUUUCGAUAAAUGCCCCAAUUUAACGAUAAUCGGUUUGAAUCACAACCAAAUUGAAUCUCUUAAUUUAAUCGAAUUGGCAAACAUGCCGUCGCUCAUGGUGCUUUCACUGGAGAGCAACAAACUCACAUUCAAUGCGAACAACAGCGAAACGGAACGAAGAAGCUUAGUGCCGUCUAAAACACAUUUGGAAUAUUUAAAUUUGGACUCGAAUAAUCUCACGUCGCCGGCAAUUUUGAUGGAAUUGAGUGUUUUUCAUCGAUUGAAGUUCCUCGAUCUGGACGACAACAAAUUUACAAAGAUUGAUGAUUUUAGGGAAAUUCGCACACUCUUCCCGCAUUUCAUUCAAAUCAACAUGAACAAUAAUCCAUUCAACUGUGCGUGGUUAGAAGAUGCUUUUCCAUUCAUCGAACUCGAAGGUAUCAUUUUUAAGACCGUUGAAAUCGAAAGCGAUGAAGUGAACAACAGCGAGGAAAACAAACGAUUUUCGGCUGGUAAUCAGAAAAAAGUGAACGGUACAUUGUGCAACAUUGAAGAAAUACCCGUUUCAAGCAUAACCAAUGAUGAGUCAUCCGGUGAAACUGUUAUUUAAUACUAAAUGAAUAAAAUCGUUGAUUUCAUGAUUUUUUUUUUAAUGCAAAAAUGAAGUGUUUUAUGUAUUGACCAUGGUUAUUUAAAGAAUUCAGUAUCAUUACUUGAGCCUUCGAAAAAAAACUCCCGCAACUAGGCAAAACCAUCGGCCUACAUGCAGAAAUGAUUUGGGACUUUUUCGAUGGAGUGCACAAUGCACAUCCCAUCAUAAAUAAUAAUAAGUAUGUCAAGGGCAGAACAAAAUUAUCGUUCACGAAUUAUAGCCACAAAUUUGUUCAAAAAUAAAUCUGUAACUGGCCAUAGUCAACAUCGGUUUAAAUAGAUUUUUACAACUUU